CAGAGCACAUGCGCGUUUCCGGUGAUGACGCUACCUGUCUCCAGUCCAUUAGAUAUGUAUUAAAAAUAUCUGGCGGUAUUUCGCAAAAAGGGGUUUGUUGUCCACUGAGAUUACCUGGCCGUUCUUAAUAAGCCGUCGAAAUGAUGCGCUUUAUGCUUCUGUUCAGCCGGCAGGGGAAGCUGCGGCUCCAGAAAUGGUACACCGCUACAGCUGAGCGUGACAAGAAAAAGAUGGUCAGAGAGCUCAUACAGGUGGUGCUGGCCAGAAAACCCAAAAUGUGCAGCUUCCUGGAGUGGAGGGAUCUUAAGAUAGUCUACAAGAGGUAUGCCAGCCUGUAUUUCUGCUGCGCAGUGGAGGAGCAGGACAAUGAGCUGAUUACCCUAGAGGUCAUCCAUCGCUUUGUGGAGCUGCUGGAUAAGUACUUUGGCAGUGUUUGCGAACUUGAUAUCAUUUUUAACUUUGAGAAAGCGUACUUUAUCCUGGAUGAGUUUCUGAUGGGGGGAGAAAUUCAGGACACAUCCAAGAAGAGUGUGCUCAAGGUCAUCGAACAGGCCGAUCUUCUACAAGAGGAGGAUGAGUCACCCAGGAGUGUCCUAGAGGAGAUGGGGCUGGCCUAGUACUUUCAAUGCAGUCAAGACAUGAUACAUUUUAGUACUACUGAGACACAUGGGAUUAUGUAAAGGGAGUUUGCAGAAAAUGGGUCCAAAGGGAGGGCAGAGAAGAUGAAAAGAGGGGGGAAUAAUGGGUAGGUGGGAUUAAUAUUGGUACUAAUGAGAUCAGCAUGUGAUUGUAUUUCUAUCACAACCUGUUUUGUCUUUCUAUUUUAAAAUGGCUGCUUUUAGCCAGGAUCUCCUCUUAAAAGACACUGAAAAAAGUACAUUGCAGAUAGACACUUGAAUUUAACAAACAGAGACAUAUUUGGAAAAAGAAGUUUGGAUUGUACAUUUGAGUUUUGCCAUUGUAACAACAGCUCAUACAAUCUCAGUUUUUAUUUAAAAGAAAGAUUUUGUUGUUGCAUUGAUCAAGUGACCUGCUUUUUAAAGAACUACGUGUAAUAGAUGGAACCUCAAAUUAAUUCUUCCUAUAUGCUACAACUAAACAUAUACCUUACAUAUAGCUUAUAGCUGCUCAGGAAACAAUGACAUUGACUAUCCAGCCAUGUUUUUUUUUUUUGUGUGCGCGCGAUGCUAUUGUUUACUUAUACCACUUAAAAUGAACUACUGUUGCAACAUAUGGACCACACAUCAAACUUUGAUAACUGUCCUGCAAUGUUGGGGUGACUGUAUCCAUGCAAUCAGCUCCUCAGUUGCAUAAUCAGCCACUUAAUGAAUUUCUGAUGGGUAAUUUUUAAGAAUGUAAAGAAUUAAAUAAUUUAUUCACUAAAUGGUAGGAAUCUUAAAUAUACCUUUUUAAAUGGCUUGAAUACUGAAUAAACUAUUUUCUGUAGUUUAUACAUUCUUUUCUUUCCCUUUGAGCAACAGCAGUAAAAUGUCUGAAUGUUUAUCUUGCUGUGAGACCUGGGCAAAUAACCUCAACCACAAAAUUGCCCUCAAGCUCUUUCCUGUUUAUCUUGGUCUAUACUUUGCUGUCCAUAGAAUAAUGAAUAAGGGAAUUAUUGUAGCUUGUUUCAGAUAAGAAAAGAGGGCUUUGAUAUUGAGUGUGAUUUAUUUACAUAACUUUAUAAACAGGUGUGAGACACUUUUUAACAAGUAAAUAAUUCAGCAUGAGGGCAUGCAUUACCGGUUUAAAAUCAGUCAAGUAACCAAAACAGAAUUGUGUGUGAAUGUAAUUUUGUAAUUAAAUAAAAAAAUGUUAU